AUGCGAGCAGCUAUAAUGUUCAAUUGGGGAGUUUAUAUCGUUAUGUUACAACUGAUUACAAGUAAAUUCAUUCGUUUUCUUCCUGUUUUACUUAUUGCAAUUUGUGGCUUUGGUUUCACAUAUUGGAUGUUAUUACAGAAUCAAGCUGUUUAUGGGACACCUAUUGAAGCAUUGUUACGUACUAGUUUGAUGCUUUUCGAUUUAGGAUAUGAAGAUCGUUUGUACAAACCAGAUGAAGGUGGUGUUGGAUAUUAUAAAUUAGUUUAUGUUGUAUUCAUGCUUACAGCAAUCGCUUUCUCUAUCUUCGUUAUCAAUUUAUUAAUUGGUUUGGCUGUUGGUGAAAUUCCAUCCUUGAUGACACAAGUACUUUAUUUCCUUGUACAUGUAUCACGAAUGGAAUUCCGUGGUUUAUUGCUGAACCAUAUUUAG